AUGGCACCUCGUGAAAAAAGCUCGCUCAAACGGGGCAGACACAGCGUGGAUGCCGAUUCACAGGACCUGAAGAAACCCCGGCGCUCGCAGAGAAUCUCCAGUCAGCAACAACAUCAACCACUAGAAUCACCAGUCAUCCAUGACUAUCUGCCGACUCCGCUGACCCACGGCAACUCGACGGCCACCGAUAUCCGCAACGAAGUCACAGCCACUCCCCCAGACAGCCCGAACCACCAUAUCAGUCAGCAGACUCCAGAGAAUGAUUUUUCUCAGGCCUAUUCUUCGCCUCCGGGUGACACACAAGCCCUGUCGCAGUUCAUUUACCCCCCAAGGACAUAUGCAGACGAGGUGGACGACGAGAGUGCGGAGGGAGUGUGGGGAUACCUCAUUCCGCUCGAUGACAGCGUGAGCGGUGCUGUCGUCUUGAAGCAGCGCCAUGGCUGCACUGGGCGUGAUGAACCCGCCAAUGACAAAUCCAGCAAGAAGUCCCAGUCUCGCAAACAAGGGAAUGGUCGCGUCCCUGGUGGCUACUUGUUUGGCCGUCAUCCUGAGUGUGAUCUAGUUAUCAAUAGUCCAACCAUCUCGAACCGACACUUCCUGCUAUUCUCAGAAAAGCGAAAAGGCGAUGUAGUGGCAAUGUUGGAGGAUCUCUCCAGCAACGGAACAUUCGUCAACGAUGCCCUGGUGGGCCGGAACAAGCAUCGCGAGCUCGAGGAUCGGGAUGAGGUUUCCAUCCUGAACGAAGCUCGAUUCGUCUUCCGCUACCCUCGCUCGCGAGAUGCCAGUGGCUUCCGUCACCAGUACCGAAGACUCCAGCAGCUUGGCAAGGGCCAUUUUGCUACAGUCUACCUAUGUGCGGAUCGAACCACAGGCAAGCAGUAUGCUGCCAAGGUCUUUGAGAAACGUCCGGGUGAUUCGCAAAAAUCCCAGUCCCAAAACGAGACACUGCAGCAAGAGAUUGCUCUUCUGAUGAGUGUGAAUCACCCAAACCUGCUUUGCCUGAAGGACACUUUCGAUGAAACCGAUGGUGCCUAUCUUAUUCUGGAGCUAGCUCCCGAGGGUGAAUUGUUCAAUUUGAUCGUGACCAAGCAGAAGCUGAGCGAGGCUGAAACCCGCCAUGUGUUCCGUCAACUCUUCGAGGGUUUGAAGUAUCUGCAUGACCGAGGAAUCGUUCACCGGGAUAUUAAGCCUGAGAAUAUUCUCGUGGCAGACAAGAAGCUGACCAUCAAGCUGGGCGAUUUUGGUCUUGCCAAGAUCAUUGGAGAGGAUUCGUUCACCACAACCCUUUGUGGUACCCCCAGUUAUGUUGCGCCAGAGAUCUUGCAGGAGACCCGUCGGCGACGUUAUACCAAGGCUGUGGACGUCUGGUCGCUGGGUGUGGUUCUUUACAUCUGUCUCUGCGGCUUCCCUCCAUUUUCGGAUGAACUGUACACUCGGGAGCACCCAUACACUCUGGCACAGCAAAUCAAGAUGGGUCGUUUCGACUACCCUUCCCCUUACUGGGACUCUGUGGGCGAUCCAGCUUUGGAUCUGAUUGACAAGAUGCUCACCGUGGAUGAUGAGAAACGAAUUACGGUGGAUGAGUGUCUCGAGCACCCGUGGUUGACUGAGAAAUUCCCCAGCGUUAAUGACAGCACGGAUGGCCUCACCGGUGCUCUCGACAAGCUGGACUUCUCCAAGCGCAAGAUCGAGCGUGAGCGCACGAUGCUUAGCAGCGUCAACGACGUCCACUUCAGCGAGCAUGCCGAGGGCAGCAGUACCCCAGUCAAGGUCUAUCACAAAAAUGAGGCUGGAAAGCGAGUGCACAAUCGGCCAUCCAGAGCACCACGCCGCGAGCCUUCUCCCCGCGGUGAUCGCGAUCCCAAAAACUUUGUGAACCUGGGCCAAUCUGGAGAUCCUGCCCUCUAUGACUAG